GAAUCGUUACGAAUUAACAAUCGAAAAAUCGAAUGCGCCGCUCGCCUGAAUUAACGUAGUGUGUGGACGCGUGGGUCGAUCUCUUUCACUGUCUUCGACGCGUCCGAACUCUAUGAAUGGAGGCGAGGAUGAAGAAGGACAGAGGAUCGUCGAGAACGAGACAAAUGUGGUGGGGAGGAGAGAGGCGCUCUCUGGCGAGAGGGUUGCGGAAAGAAAACAAGAGGGAGAGCUAAGGAGUGAAAAUGGAGCGGGGGAAAAAAGAGGCAGAAAAAGACAAAAAAUAAAACGUGCAGCGUUGGAUAAGCUCGUAAGGGACGCGUUAGAAAUGAAACACGAGGACGAAACAUGAGGGAUGAAUGGGGGAAAAACACGAGGACUUUUUUUUUCUAAAAAUGAGAAAAGAUGGGAAUGGAAAAGCGACGAUGACAGGGAAGAGAGACGGAUCGACGGAUGAGGUUAGGGGUGGAGAGAGAGAGAGAGAGAGAGAGGAGAUUCCGCGCAGGCGGAAUCCACUGCCAGGGUCACUCGUCUCACUCCUUCCGCGGAUCACUCUUGUGAUCAUUCUCUUUGGCGGAGCGCUCAGUGCGCUGCAAGCGCUUCGAGGUUGCGUGUCGGCCUUAUCGCUUUCCGCGGGGAAGAAUUUCGGAUUGAAAUGUCGAUCCUUGGAUCACGAGUGGCGAGUGUGAAGGGGUUAUUUUCUUGCACGAAGAUUAUGUAUAAGGGAGAAAAGUGAGAGGAAGGGGGAUCGUGAGAGAGUUCGCGCGGCUCGCAGCCGGCUAAAAAAAGGAAACAAACGCUCGGGUGAAAAUCUGAAAACGGAGCCAAGUGAUAUCGACGUCGGGAGUGUCGUCGACGUAAUUUUAGAACAUUUCAAAUAAGGUGCCAAUAAGAUAAAAGAGAAAAAAAAGAAGAAACCCGUGCACGAAAAUCGGGGCGGAUUUCGAAGAAAAGUGUAAACACGAUCGACGAUUCAAGUUGGAACAACGGUCGAAGAAUCUUGAGAAGAAAACCUGGGACCUGUGUUUAAAAAAAAGAAAUACCGUUUCGAAUUCGAGAAGAAAUAAAAGGAAGAAUAAAAGAAUAUACGUGGAGAGAAAAUAUUUUUCGAGACAAAGGUGCGGAUUAAAUUUGCGUAAAAAAGGAGAAAGUAAUACGCGAAAAACGAAAAAAUUAUUGAUAUCAACGUCGUUCCUCUAAAUCCUUGAAAAUCUCGUAAUUUAUUUCCCAUAAUUUUAAUUAAUUGACAUUCCGAAUUGUCUUGUUUCUUGUUCCUCCUCAUUCUCUUUUGGAUAAGGGAGCGCGGGAUAUGUUUGAAUAGACAAAAAAAGAACUUAUGUCAGGAUUAAGUAUAAAAGCCUCGAGCCUCUUAACAAACUGUUGACCCGAAAAAGCGUUUUUCCUCGUUAACUUAGCCUAUUCUUCUCGCCCUCCGAAUGAUAUAUUUAAAUUCCUCUUCAUCCAGAUCAGAUUGAUGCGUCGACAUUUUUUAAUAUCUCUCCACUCGACAUUACCCCCCUUCUACGAAUCGUUUAUUCAAAAUUGGUUUUCCCAUUUAUCCACUCAAGUUUCAUCAGAAGUUACAGCGAAUAUUAAUCCGGUUAAUUCUAACGAAAAAUAUCUCUUAUCUGCUGCAAGGCAAAGUUUAACCAACGUUAAUAUUCCAUAUCAUUUCUGACAUUCAGAGGAUCGUGUCAAACGAACGAUAAAGCGACGAUUUAAAUGUAAUUUUAUCAUCGUCGAAAUCAAUUUCUUAAAAAAAAAAAAAAGAAGAAGAAGGAAAAGAGGGUAUAGAUUUUUGGUCACAGGCGCGAACUGAAAUCGAUGCGUUAAUUAAAAUUUGAUAAACUGUAUUGGCAGCAAAGCGGCAAGAAAGAUAAUUAAUGAAGGAUUAAUUUUUUUGCUAGGCGAAGUAACAAAGUUUUUUCGAAGGGGAGAAACAAAUAAAUAAAUUGCACGGAAUUAUGCGACGCGAAAUUAGCUUCAUUCGAAUGAAAUUAUUGUUUUUAAAUAAGGUGAAUCGCCGUCGAAGAUAAAACGAAGAACUUCGAAAUUAUUCUAUUACUUCUUUCAUCUUUAAAUAACGAUUAAAUCACGGGAAAAUAUAGUUCCGAAUGGUUGUUCGAGGUCGUCCAAAUUAUUAAUUUCUCGGAAUAAUCAAUAAACUAUUCAAGAAUAGUUUUAAUUUUUAAAUUCAAAUUUAAAAGUAAAUAAACGAACAAGAGGUAUUUCUAUGAUAAUUCUUCAACAGAAUAUUAAUUACGCAUCGCAUUUAAAUCUACCGAUUAUCGCAUCGAUAAAAUUCGACAGAUGAAACAGGAGCGAUCGAUCGAAUCUCCAUUAAAGAAAAAUGAUAUUAGUCGAAGCAGCGGGACAAUAAAAAAGAUACGAUAGGCUCGACUUUUGUCGCAAACGUGUAAGAAGAAAUUCGAUUAUCCCGGGUUCGCGAACCCGAAAGGGAUCGUUUUCAUGAUUUCAAAUCGAAAGGAGAGACCGUGGCGCCCUCACAGCAAUUCGAUCGUGCUUGUCAACGAUCGUCGAAGGAGGACCGUCUCGAUUUUGUCUCGAUAUCUCCGGCAAAGAUAAGAGAUAAAAGAAAACGAGGACAAGAACCAUUCGUGUUUGGACUUCCUGCUAUUUCUCUCGAGAGACAGAGGAAAAGAAUGCGAGAAAACGGGGGAAGAAUUGUAAUCGACUUUUUUCGUAGAAAACUGUUUCUGGAUCUCUUAUAUAGAGUCGUAUAAAGGGAAUAGCUCUACGAGGAUAGAUUAAAGUUGCAAAUUUAUCCGCAAGAAAGAGAGUCGUGUAAUUUAAAAAAAAAGAAAAAGGAUUAGAAUCAAGAAUUCCUAUAUAUAAAUAAACACAGUGAUGAAUGGAAAAAAUACGAUGAACAGUGUCUGCAAAGAAAUAAAAUAUCCGAAAGUUUUGAGGUUAUGAUCGAUGAGAGAAACGCACGAGAUAUGAAACGUUUGAAAGAUACGUCGUUUAAACGGUUUUAAAUAAACGAGUGUAAAGGUAGAUCUCCUUUAAGCUAGAAGAUAUACGAGACUGCAUAGGGAAAUUAUAUAGAACAGUGCCAGACCUCUAUGUGCGAUAAUCUUACCGACGUGAGAGAUUUAAUGUGCAAUCUCGAAUUGUUUCUUUGUGAUCAAAAGAAACUGAACUCUGUCCUAUUGUUUGAGAUUAACGAUAUUUUUCGUAUCAACAACUGAAAGAUCGUCUUUGCGAAAUUAGAUGCAAUUCCCUUGCGAGUUUUCCGCUUCGAAAUAUUUGAAACCGGAAAGGACGGUGUUACACGCUAUAUCAAAAAUCGAUAGAAGGAGGGGCAAGCUGCAGCAUUUGACGAAAAAAUCUGUGACAGAUUGCUCGAUACGACAUGAUUUACGAUUCUGAUUAUUUUUUACGUACAUUCCUAUUGUGAUUCGUUCUCGUAUAUUCUAGUGAUGAUUGUCAUGGAGAAGCGAGUAAUUAUGUCAUGAUUUCGGAUAUUUGGAAAUGCGAGUUAACACGUUCGAUCAGAUUUAUGAGAAUAAAAGCCGAAAGGAAAUCGAAUUAUCGAUUGCUGCAAAGUUACGUUACGUUACAGAUGCAAAUACAAGAAAUUUACAUCAAAACUUUCAUCAAGACCAAGCAAACUGAAUUACAGAAUUCAAUAAUACUUAAGAAAAUAGAAGAACAACAAGAAAUAAGAUAGCAUUUUAAGGUUUUGAUCAAAAAAAUCUUCUUCAUCAUGUUACCAAAACUAUUGAUUCUAGAUUCUUACAAAAUCAAAAGAUAGUGAAAGUGGAAUCAAAAGAUAAUAAAAUAAGAUAAUAAAUAUCUUAAGUCAUAUUCUUAAUGCAUAUUGAAAUCAUAUAAUGCAGAAUUGAAUUAUACAGAUAUAAAAGUGAAAUAACGGAUAAAUUCAUUCGUGAAUAAAUAUUUCUUUAAUAUAGGAGAAAUUAAUACAUAAAAAGAAUUAAUAUGUAUAAAUAUAACAAAAAUAAUCAAAAAUGGUGACGUAAAAGCUAAAUGAAACGAAGAACACUAAUGAAGAAUCGGGCGAAAAAGUGAAACGAAGGUAGUUGAAAACGAUGGAAAUAAACCUCGAAGUUUCGAACUACACUAGUUACUACAAUGCUAGUCAAUUAUCGAAAAAUUUAUCGAUCGAAGAGAAUACGAGAGAACCACUUGAGUGUAAACAAGAAAUCAAUUCGAGCGGUCUCUUCGAUUUCAUUAUUUAUGGUAUACUAGUAAAUUUGAUCGGAAUUUUUGGAAUAUUUGGCAACGCAAUUUCGAUGAUCAUUCUUUCGAGGCCGCAAAUGAAAUCAUCGAUUAAUUAUUUGCUAAUUGGUCUAGCCAGGUGUGACACUAUGUUAAUUAUCAUUUCGAUAUUGAUUUAUGGCUUAAUCGCAAUUUACACAUACACUGGCCUGCUGUUCGACUAUAGGUUCAUCGUCUACCCGAAGAUAGUCCGAUUCUUAUAUCCAUUAUCAUGUAUGGCACAUAUAGCAACGGUAUAUUUGACUCUGACUGUGACACUUGAGAGGUAUAUCGCAGUAUGUCACCCCUUACAAGCUAGAUCUUUUUGUACAUAUGGACGAGCUCGAUUAGCUGUGGCGAUUAUUUUGAUAUUCUCCUUUUUUUAUAAUUUACCAAAAUUUUGGGAAGUAGAGUAUUACACAGAAACUCACUGGAAAUACAACGUUACUGUAUAUUGCGUGUAUCCAGCUGAUUUAAGAAGCAACAAUUUAUAUGUCACACUUUACGUCCAUUGGAUGUAUUUUUUUAUUUGUUACCUUUUUCCUUUCCUUGCUUUAGUGAUCUUCAAUGUAGCUAUUUAUCGAAGGGUGAGAAAAGCGAACAGAGAUUUGCAACAGCUUUCACGACAUCAGAGACGUGAAAUUGGAUUGGCAACGAUGUUACUUUGUGUGGUGAUUGUUUUCCUAAUUUGCAACAUUCUACCGCUCGCCUCAAAUAUUCACGAGACUUUUCUCAACGAUCCGCCACUUUGGCUGGUACAGACAGGCAAUCUUCUUGUGACAAUUAAUAGUAGUAUCAAUUUCAUUAUCUACGUGAUCUUCGGUAGAAAAUUCAAGAGGAUAUUUCUAAAGUUAUUUUGCAGUUCAAAACUAUUCGGACCUGGAAGAGAUAGUCCAGAAUUCCAUUAUGAUGAAUCAAUCGUUACUAAUAUGACCAAUAUAGAAUUAAGAAACUCUAUCAGACAUUAUCAUCUUAACAGAUCGAGUAUCAAUAGAAAUAACAAUAUUUCAAAUGGUAGUACACGACAGAGUAUCAAAAUGUCGGGAAGACCUGCCAGUCCAGGACCUUGUAUUUAUUAUCCUGCAAGAAGUCCUAGUCAGAUGUCCAGAACAUCGAAUGCGCAAAAUGGAUGGAGUAAAAAAGAUGUAGAUUCUACGCUAUAAAAAAUUUUAAAUAAUUUAAUUCCAAUAAGUCGACCAGUUAUUAAUCAACAACAACGAAUACUUCUUUAUUAGGCAAAAUAAAUGAGGAAAUUUUUUACAAAUGAAAAAACCAUUUAAAUCGAAAACAUUCGAUUAAGUUUGAAAGUAUAAAUGUCUUUAUCAUCGAUAAAUAUUAAUAUUCAAAUAAAAUCAUCGAAUAAUUUUAAAUUUAUUUUUAUAUCCUAUUAAAUCUAAUAAUAAUCCUAUUAACUUAAUAUAAAUUAGAAAUAUCUUAAAAGUAAAUUCAUAAUUGAUUAAUGAUUUGAUUUGAUUAAAUUUUUGUUAGAAUUGAAUAAUUAUUGACAUUAUAAGUGCGAUAUAUUUUAUUAUAUUCAUAAAAUUGCUUCAUAAUGUAUAAAAAAUAUUUGAUCAUUAAAAUAAAAAAUUAUAAUAUGUAAAAUUAAUAUGUUUAAAAGCAUAAUAAAUAUAUUUAAAACGAAAAUAAAAUUUAAAAGAUAUAAUUGUCGAUAUCAAAAAAUAUUUAGAAAAAAAAUAUUGUGAUAAUAAAUCUAAUAUUAAUUAGUGUGUGUUUAUGUAUCUAUUACAAAACAUAUAAAACAAAUGAUUACCUUAUGUAAAAAUAAAAUUAUUUAAUUAAAAUAGACAAUAUAAUCUUUGUGUAAAAAAAAAUUUUUUUCUUUUUUCAUUAAAACGCACAAAGAUUUUAGAAAAUACAUUCAUAAACUAUAUUAUUUUGAUAUUUGGCGAUAAUGAAAUUUUUCAUUCACAUAUACUUGAUGUAUAAAGAACAAAAUAUAUCUGUAAUAAUUAUCUUUUUAAAUAAUCAAAAAAAUAUUAAAAUAUUGGAAUUAUAAUUUUUUAAUAAAAUUUGAAUACAAAUAUUAUGCAAAAUUUGUUUAUUCAUUUUUGAAAUGAUUAAAAAUAAUAUUGUAAAUAAAUAUUCAAAUUCAAUUUAAAUAAAAGUUAAUUCAUUUUUAUAUUGAAAAAUAAUAAAUGAAAAGAUAAGUAAAUAUUUAAAUCGUAUAGAAUGAAUUCGAAUGUUUCGAAAUAUUAUUUAUAAUAAAAUAUUUAUAUGUGUGUGCGCGAGUGUCUGUUGUCUGUUUGAAAUAUCAAACACAUAAAAAUAUUAUAUUUAUUAUAAUCGCUUAUUACUCUGAAAUACUAAGGUAUGUUAUACUUAUCAAAAUUAUACAAAAUUAAAUAAUAAGUAUUAUUUAUGUUUAUUAUUAUAAGAUAUGUCUUAUCUUUAUAUAAAAUAAAUACAUUCUAUACAUUCUUCUUAUUUGAUAUUUUUUUAUUCAAAAUAUAAUAAAAUAAAAAUAUAUAUAUAUAUGUUUUAAUAUAUUUUUAUUUUAAAAAGUAUUUUUUAUAAAAAUUUUACGCCUUAGUAGUUUAGAAUGUAAUAUAAAUAUGUACCUGAAAUUAUUUAUUAUAAGUAAAUCUUUUAAAUUCUUUUACAUUCUUUCGAAAUAAAUUCUUCUAUAAAUUUCGUAUAAUUUUGUUAAAUAUAUUUAACAUAUUUAAAAAAAAGAAGCAUACUAGAUAUUAAAUGUAUAUUUUGUUCCAUUUCUUAUAAUUCACAAAUAAGCAUAAGCAUAAAUUUUUAUAGUUAAUAGAAAAUAUUACAAGUAAUAUAUAAAUAUAGUAAAUAAAUUAAGUUUAAUUUUCAAUAUAUAUUAAAUAAAAAUAAGUAUAAUUGAUUUAAUGAUCAUUUUUGAUGAUCAUGUAUUUAGAUUGAUUUAAAUUGAAAACAUAAAAAUAUUAUGAAAUAAUGAAAUUUUAUUAUUUUUAAAAUAUCUAUACAAAAAUAUAAGAUCAAAUAGAGGGAAAAAAAACGCUCUCAUAGUUAUAUGAUAAAAAUUAAUAUGAAUCAUAUAAAUAUAUAUAUUGUAUUUUAAUCCUAAUCCUAAAAUUUCGAUUAAUAAAUAAUUAAAUUCAAAAUUCUUGUGAUUUCAUAUGUAUAUAAUAAAAAUAAUCACAAAUUCUACAAAUUAAUUAUUAAUUAUAUAAUUUCUUCCCUAAUGAAUUUAUUUAUUUUAUUUUUUUAUAAUGUACAUCUAUAUUAUAAUUUUUAUCUAUAGAUGUUCUAAUUGGCUUUCACUAAUUUAAUAUAUUUUUUAUAUUAUAUUUUAAUAAUACCAAUAAUAUCAAUUACAAUUAUAUAUUAUAAAUUUACAAAAAGAAAUUUAUAAAAAUAAUAGAAAUAUAUAAUGAAAUUAAUUUUUAUAUUUACAUAUUUAUUUAAUUUAUACAUAGUAUUUCAAAUAUUCAAGAACAUAUUAAAUUUUUAUAUAUUUUUUCACUGCUAUUUAGCAUGAAAAAAUAAUAAUAUACAAUAGGACAUUAUUAAUCAUGAAUAAUCAAUCAUUAUUAAUCCAUGAAUAAUGAAUAAUUUUUUAUUCCUAAUAAAAGUAAUAUAACACAAAAAUUAUUAUUACAUAAUGUGUCUAUACCAUUUAAUGUUGAAAUCACUUUUCAGAUACUUGCUUACUUUUUUUUGGUUUAAAA